UGAGCAGUGAUGCAGUGGGUGUGCAGUAGUGGUGCUGCGACUGUGGGCCCAACUGUAGCCCUGCAUUGAGUUGUGUUCAGCCAUACUAUCAACAAAAGGACAGCCAUUGCGGCCAUUGCUGUGAUCGCAGCCAUCAUUGUUUGCUUCGCCAUAAUUGACAACACAUUGACUGACAUUAAUGGCCGACACUGACGACCAGAUAGUGGAAGUGCAAGAAGUGGAGAUCGAAGCCAUUCCGGUGCACAUCAAACACGAGGACGACUCUGAUGACGACCACUCAGAUGAUCGGAGUCGUCAGAUGGUUGCCCUCCAACCCGAUGACCACCACUUCGUCCAUCACUGGAAUGAUGAGGACGACGAGCACAACGACGUCUCAGUGUUUCCCUCGAGUGCUCCGGAAAUCAUGAUCGAGACGACGCCCACCACUACGAAGAAGAGAAGAGCAGCCUCUUCUCUCACUUCGGGCACAAAACGGGGUAACAAAAGGUCGGCCCAAAGCGGCACAACACUACUCCAGUCCUCACAACAGAGGUCUGGCGGCUCUUCCAAUCGGAAAUGGGAACAAAAACAGGUGCAGAUCAAGACAUUGGAGGGCGAGUUCAGUGUCACGAUGUGGGCCACGGGAACCGAUGAGGAAGAAAUAGUGACCGCAAAUAUGGACGACGACUUGUCCUCCUCUUCACACUCACAGCUAAAUAUCAAUGAAUACGUGACGGGAAUUAAGAAGAUUCCGCGCGAAGGCAUCCCCGGCGUCGACCUCUCAGACCCCAAACAAUUGGCCGAAUUCGCCAAAAUGAAACCAAGGAAACAGUCUCUGGAAGACGAAUCCCGAACCAUCGCAUGUCCUCAUAAAGGGUGUUCCAAAAUGUUCAGAGACAACAGUGCAAUGCGGAAACACCUGCACACUCACGGACCCCGAGUGCAUGUGUGCGCCGAAUGCGGCAAAGCUUUUGUUGAGUCGAGUAAAUUAAAAAGACAUCAAUUAGUACAUACCGGCGAAAAACCUUUUCAGUGUACGUUCGAAGGAUGCGGUAAAAGAUUUUCGUUAGACUUCAAUCUGCGAACACAUGUCCGCAUACAUACGGGCGACCGGCCCUACGUGUGUCCCUUUGACGGGUGUUCCAAGAAGUUCGCGCAGUCAACAAAUCUCAAGUCCCAUAUCCUGACGCACGCGAAAGCAAAAGCCAAUCAACAGCAGAGAAUCACCACAAUGGAGAUCCCGAUAUCAUCCCCUUCUGGCACGCCAUCCAAUAUACCAGACGUCGGCACCGAAUGCUUCGUCAUCGCCACCACCGAUGACGGCAUUGUCCUCCAGUAGACCUGUUGUCAAAAUCAUUGAUUCUUUUAAAUUUAAUACUAUUUAAUAAUAAUUAUAAUAAAAUUUCAAUAUUUGACUAUUUUAUCAUUGGAUAUGAAAUAUUAUUUUGUAAAAAGUUUUAUUUAAUUCUUAAAAAAUUGAUGUAUUUAUCGAUAAGUUAUUACAAAACAAAAGCAAUGAUUAAUAAGUAAUUCUGUAUAAUAUAA